UCCUGGCUCCCAGUUCCUGCGACACAACCGCUUUCUUUUUUUUUUAUUCGGUUAUUUCUUUCCAACUUCAGCUACAGUGAUAGCUAAGUUUGGAAAGGAGGAAAAAGAAGAAAAAAAGGGGGAGAAACGCCGCGUCUUUGUCGGUUUUUUUUUAAAUUAAUCUUGUGCGCGAGUCGCUGCAGCCGUAUCCUCGGUUGACCUCCUUUUUCUUGCACUACAAUAGAGCAGCUAGCAUAAAGCGACAUUUGCUUUUAAAAAUGGAUAACUCUGGACCUAAGAAGACAUGCUGUGAAUCCAUCACAGACUUCUUCACUUCGGCGAAAUUUCUUAUUUACAUGGGACAUGCACUGUCAACAUGGGGCGACCGAAUGUGGAACUUUGCUGUGGCUGUUUUCCUGGUGGAGCUGUAUGGGAACAGCCUGCUGCUGACGGCCGUGUAUGGGCUGGUGGUGGCCGGUUCCGUGCUCCUGCUGGGGGCCAUCAUAGGGGACUGGGUGGACAAAAACCCCAGGCUCAAAGUGGCCCAGACUUCGCUGCUCGUCCAGAACAGUUGCGUCAUCGUGUGUGGGAUACUCCUGAUGGUUGUUUUCCAGUUCAAAGAACAGCUUGUGGAGCUUUACAAUGGAUGGAUUCUGACAACCUGCUACAUUCUGGUCAUCACCAUUGCCAACAUCGCGAACCUGGCCAGCACGGCUACGUCCAUCACCAUCCAGAGGGACUGGGUGGUGGUUGUGGCAGGUCAAGACAGCAGCAAGUUGGCAGACAUGAAUGCCACGGUGCGGAUUAUCGACCAGCUGACCAACAUCUUGGCUCCCAUGUUGGUGGGCCAGAUAAUGGCCUUUGGCUCCCAUUACAUUGGCUGUGGCUUCAUCUCUGGCUGGAACCUGUGCUCCAUGUGUGUGGAGUACGCGCUGCUGUGGAAGGUCUACCAGAAGACGCCCGCGUUGGCCGUGAAAGCCGGACAAAAAGAGCAGCAGCAGCAGCAGCAGCAGCAGCAGGAGCUCAAACAGCUCAGCCCCACAAGAGAUCUGGAGAACGGCCAAAGUCCUGAAGAGUCGUCUCAGCCACUGAUGAAUGAAACCUCAGCGGUGGACAAGCCCGAUUCCCCCAAGCAGAGCGGCUGUUGCUACCAGGUGGCCGAACCCCUGCGCACCUUCAAGUCCGGCUGGGUGGCCUACUACAACCAGAGCAUUUUCUUUGCUGGCAUGUCCCUGGCCUUCCUCUACAUGACGGUGCUGGGCUUCGACUGCAUCACCACGGGCUAUGCCUACACGCAGGGCCUCAACGGCUCAGUGCUCAGCCUGCUGAUGGGGGCAUCGGCCGUCUCGGGCAUCUGCGGCACCGUCGCCUUCACUUGGGUUCGCAAGAAGUGCGGCCUGAUCCGCACGGGCUUCAUCUCGGGUGUGGCCCAGCUGUCCUGCCUCAUGUUGUGCGUCGUCUCCGUCUUCGCUCCCGGAAGCCCCUUCAACCUCAGAGUCUCCCCGUUCCAGGACAUUUACUCCCACCUGAUAGGAGAGAAGACGCUGCCUGAGGCGGAGCACAGCAUUACCAGUGCUUUUACCAGUCUGAACAUCACUACUGCCGCACCUGCUGAAGAGCAUCCUCCGCCGUCCUACAUGUCUGUUAGUCUGCUGUUUGCUGGCGUCAUUGCUGCUAGAGUUGGUCUGUGGUCCUUUGACCUGACAGUGACCCAGCUCAUCCAGGAGAAUGUGAUUGAGUCAGAGCGAGGUGUGAUCAACGGCGUCCAGAACUCCAUGAAUUACCUCUUAGACCUUCUGCACUUCAUCAUGGUGAUUCUGGCUCCGAACCCAGAGGCCUUCGGGCUCCUGGUCAUCAUCUCUGUCUCUUUUGUGGCCAUGGGUCACAUCAUGUACUUUCGGUUUGCCUUCAAGAGCCUGGGCAGCCGCCUCUUCCUCUGCUGCUCGCCGGAGCAGAAGGUUGAGACGGAUGACAGCCCCUCACUUCCCACCACCGUCUAACCCUGUUAAAGAGACUCUGUCCUGGGUACAUACUUCUCAAGCCUUACCCUACCCCUGCAUCUUAUUUGUCCAACUAACAUCACUGUCUGUAGCUGGCUGAAUGCUAAUGCUAACGAAACGAGUAUGGUAACUUAACCCGCUAUGCCUAGCUGUUCAUAAAGCAUUAAUCAUUAGCAGAAGGAGAUGAGUAGAAAGCUUACAGUCACAGAAUACUAAUCUGUAGUGAGACUCUAGAGAAGGCAGGGUUUCUGUAACAUUUUGAGUCAGAUGAGAGCCUCAGCUUUUCGUCUGUGGAUCCCUGCUCCUCAGCACAUUACACGUGUCAGAUAAGGAUCCAUCACUAAUAGGCUCUAUUCUGAGUGCUGUUAAAGGAAUCAGGGGAUACGGCACUGUAAAAUAUUCUCCUUCUAAUUGCCUGGAUCUAGCUGAAAAAGAUUUAUACAAGGUGCUUCAGCUAACAAAAGGGCAAAAUGAGGUAGAAAUGUUGCAGGGAAGCAGGCACUGAGGCUUGAAUUAAAGGCGACGACCGUCUGAGAUCCUAAAAGACAGAACGUCACGAGUUCAUUGGUGCUGUAGCUGUGUCUGCUCACUGUUCUCUGAGAGCCUGCUUUUGGUUGCAUCAGCUUACAUAUAUACAUAUAUACAUGUAUGAUGAGCAGGUUUUGGGUGUCUUCCUCCUGAGGGGAGGAGGAUACUUUUAUUUAACCAAACACAAAACUGGGAUCUAGUCUCUUUAAUACGUCUUUAUAAGGGUUACGCAUUUAGCUGUAUUUAUUCAGGAAAUGCAGACGGUGUUUUUUUUAAAUAGUUGUAUCAUCAGUAUUGUGUUUCUUGCAGUUGUGCCAUAUAAAACAAAUGAGAAACCCUAUGCACCCUUAUCAAUAGUUCUCAGUUACCAAAGUUGAAGUCCACAGGGCAUAAAAGGAAGUGAGGGAAACCAGUAAUCUCUGCAUUCCAAAUAUAUAUUUUUACACCCGGUGAAAGCAGUUCAACCUUAAUAUAUCUGAAUAUUUCUGAACACGCUUGGAGAUUGUACUUAAAUUUAAUUUUUCAGGUAGUUUACAUUAACAGUGUAAUUUUGUCACCUUUUUUUUUUGAUUUUCAUGUUUAAGUUCUUUGGAGUGAUUUCUCAAUCGUGAUUGUCGUUACUCAGGCACUUUAUAAAGUGAUUGACAUCCGUCAGUAGACCUAAUGCGUGAUCAGGCAUUAGUUCAAUACUUUUUUGCACAAGGCUGAAGUCCUCACUCCCCCCGAGACCCCCUCCGACCCACCCACUGCACAAUGCUAUACCAGCCAUGACAGGCUUUUUGUUGUGGGGGGGGGCAAUGUGGUUUUAAGAAAAAGAAGGCACAUAGUUCAGUCCACAGCGCCGGAUAUUCAUGAGGAAAAAAAUGAUUCUAGCUCCUGUGAACCCUCCCCAGAUUACCCCAGACACCCCCAUUUCCUCCAAAAAACAAAAACAGCCAAGGAACUUAGUCAGCAAUCCUUAUCUGAUAUCAUGUUCCUGCUUCAGAUUGCCAACAAGCCUUUCGCUCUCAUUGUUGUGAGCUUUUACAGUGGCACCGUUCCACUCAAGUCAAAGUUCUGCCACUGAUGGCUUUGGCUUCACGGGUCCAGUCUAGUCAUGAAAUAGUACCUCACAAAAGCUUUUUUUUCUAUGCUACUUUUUCCCGUGAAGUCAUUUAACAUCUUUAUAAGAAAAAGACGUCUCAAAACUUUAGGAUAUUUACAAAUGCUGGCGUCGUAGCAAUGCCUACGAUACGUAAAGCUUGGCGACAUACAGACCGAGAAGGACUGUAGCAGUAAAACCCAAAGGUGCAUUUUACUUCCUAUGAAUUUAACCUUUAAUUUGUAAGAGGAAUAAUUUGAUUUAAUCUCUCAGAAGCUAUAAAAUAUCACUGUCAAGAUCUUCCCAAAGUACUUAGUAUAGCUGUAUCUACUGUUUGUGACCCUCAGUAAUUCCCGACGCCUUAUUGGAAAAUAGCCUUGACAGCUGUUUAACGCACAUACGUGGCUACUUGGAGACCGUUACUAGCCACACUUCAACUUAGAAAGCUAGCCAGUCCAGCCAAGAUUUAAAUGGUGGUGAAGGAAAAAAAAAUAUUUGGGUUGGAAACAGAGCUAGCCACACCAGAUGUAAGAGAACAGAGGACCGCUUUUUCGCGGCACAUUCCUGUGAAACCUUGUAGAGAAAAUGGAUGUCUGCAGGUGUGUCUCGAGGUGCAGGCUUACUGGGAACAGAGCUUCAAAAUGUUCAUGUUCCACCCUCAAAACCUCAGCUCUUAAAACAGCUGCUCUGCUGAUUCAGGAAGAUCACACAUGGCCAUAAAGUCUAUAUUUUUAAUGUAAAUAACAUUCGCUGUGAGUCACUAUAAACCUAAUGUACAAUUGGAAAAAAUGUAAAACAAAAUAUAUAUAUUGUGUAUACUGUUGUUAUGCUGUUUGUCUGAAAACUUUUUUUAUUACAGGUUUUUAUAUACUUAGUGUUAAUUGUGAUUUUUUUGAAAUUUGUUUUCAAAGCGAUUACUGCAUGUCAUUUGAAUACAUCUGUAUCAUACGGCUUCAAUCUGACAAUAUCUCUACACAUGUGUAUAUAUAUAUGCAGUAUAUCAGUGUUAUUGUAGUUUGAUAGACAAAAACAUGAAAUCAUUAAGAAAUCAGAUUCAUUUUUAUGUACAAUGAUCGCACUCCACUGAAUAUGAGGACAUUGGUACUGCUUGUAUUGCAUGAGGUCUCUUAAAUAAAGAAAACCUUUGCAACUGCU